UUGCGCAGUUUAGACACAACAGUCCUGGUGUGCGCACACGACGACAAAUAAUAAAAAAAAAAAAAAUCCUCGGAUGUUUUUCUUUUUUUUUAUUUUAUUUUUUUUUUAUCGGUGUGUAUUAACACACUGUUGAUAUUAUUGUGCAUUAAUGCAAGAUAAAUAUACCGUGUGCUACGUCGUGAAUAUACAAGACUCAAAAUAAAACAAAAGAUUUUCUUUUUUUUUCGUUACUUUUUAAAUUAUAAUAAAAAAAUUAAAAAUUUAAAUAUACACCUACUUGAUGAUUAAAAUAUGAAUAUUAACUGUAAAAAAAAAAAGACGACUGUCAAAGUUAAAACGUCAUUGCUGACAUUCAAUAAUCUUAAAAUGAUUUGAUACGAUUAUCUUUGUGAUUAUCGAAAACGAAAAAAGAAGAAAAACAACAAAAAAUAUUUCUUCAUAACAAGAUAAUAGACAAAAAUAAAUAAUGUCUACCCUGGAGCAAUAUCCUAGUGAAAAUUCAGUUUGGCAUGGUUGUAGAUCAAGCUCAAAUAGUCCAGCAAUAAUGCAAAGUCUCAGCAGUUUAACUGAAAUAAAUAAAGAUAUAUAUAAUACAGAAAAUAAUGACAAUUUAUCAAUGAAUAAUAAUGUACAAAUAAUAAAUGAUAUUAAUUGUAAAAAUAAUAAUAACAAUGAUAAUUAUAAAAGUUUUUUGUUAAUUGAUGAAAGAGAGCUAUUAAAAGUAUCAAGUGCUGAACAAUUUAUUGAUAAACUUGGUUGUCGUGAUGUUAAUACAAAAGUAAAAGUAAUAUCAAUAUUUGGUAAUACUGGUGAUGGAAAAAGUCAUACACUUAAUCAAACAUUUUUUAAUGGUAAUGAAGUAUUUAAAACAUCAAAUGAACAAAAUUCAUGUACACUUGGUGUAUGGUCUGGUUUUGAUAAAAAACUUGGUAUUAUUUGUCUUGAUACUGAAGGUUUACUUGGUAUAACAAUUAAUGAAAAUGAACGUACACGUUUAUUAUUAAAAGUACUUGCAAUAUCAGAUAUUGUUAUUUAUCGUACAAGAUCAGAACGUUUACAUAGAGAUUUAUUUACAUUUCUUGGUGCAGCAUCACGUGCAUAUAGUCAUCAUUUUCAAUCAGCAUUACAAAAAAUUGGUAGACGUGAAGGUGUUACAAGUACAACAAUAGCACUUGGACCAAGUGUUAUUAUUUAUCAUGAAACACGUCAUACAAGACCACUUAUUAAUAAUUCAAUUGAUAGUCCAGAAGAUAUAUUGAGAAAUCGUUUUUCACAAAUGCGUCUUGAAAUUGAUGCAUUUAGUUCAAUUAAAUAUGUUGGUGUACAAACACAUGAACCACCAACUGAUUAUAAACCACUUUAUUUAGCAAUUAAAUGUGAACUUGAUAAUACAACUGUUAGAUCAGCAAGAAAAAUACAUCUUGUUUAUGAUACAUUAAAAAUAUUAAAUGAUAAAUUUUCAGGUGAAAUUGAAAAUGUUACAAAUGUAUUAUUUCCUGAUCAAUAUUUUACAUGUCCAGUUAAAUGUUUAAGUUGUGAUUGUCGUUGUAAAAAUAGUAUGGGACAUUUACGUGAAGGUAAACCACAUUAUAGUGGUACACGUUGUCGUUAUCAGCAUCAAUAUGAAAAUAUAAUAUAUAUAUGUAAAAAAUGUCAUGCAAAUGGUAAUGAAAUAAUUGUAACAAGUCGUACACAAACACAAAAUGAAGCUGGUUGGUAUGGUCUUGCAAAAUAUGCAUGGGCUGGUUAUGUUAUUGAAUGUCCACAAUGUGGUGAAAUAUAUAGAAGUCGUCAAUAUUGGUAUGGUAAUAAAAAUCCAGAAGAUGCUGCUGUUAGAACUGAAAUAACACAUGUAUUUCAAAAUAAUUCAAGUUUAAAUAUAACAAAUCAAAAUGUUGCACAAAAAAUGAUUGAUGGUGUAUCAUAUAUUAGUGAAGUUGUUGCAAAUGCAUCAUUACAACCAACAAAAACAAUAACAUCAUGGGUUGCUGAUCAAGUUGCACCAAAUUAUUGGCGACCAAAUAAUGAUAUUAAAUUAUGUUUUAAAUGUAAAAUAAUAUUUGGUCCAUGUGAUACAAAACAUCAUUGUCGUAAUUGUGGUGAAGGUUUUUGUACUUUAUGUUCAAGUAAAACAAAAUGUGUACCAGCUAAAAAUUGGUUUACACCAGUUAGAGUUUGUGAUGAUUGUUAUUUACAUGAUGGUAAUGAUGAUAAUAAUGAUAUUAUUGAUGCCAUGGAAGAUGUAAGUGUUAGAAAAGUUAGUGAACAUGUUGUAUCAACAUUAAGUGCUGUUGGUACUGUUUUAACUUAUUCAAAAUCACUUAUCAAGGAUUCAGUAAGGCCAACAUACUGGAUACCAGAUUGUGAAUUACGUAAUUGUUGUGUUUGUGAAGAGGAAUUUUCACUUGUUUUACCAUUACAUCAUUGUAGAGAUUGUGGACGUGGUGUUUGUCAAGAAUGUUCACAACAUAGAAAACCAGUACCAAGAAGAGGAUGGGAUAAUCCUGUUCGUGUUUGUGAUGCCUGUAUAAAAAUUGACUAAUCAUCAAAACACACAUCUAUCUAAUUUAUUUUUUAUUUUUUAUAACAAAUAGUUUUUUUUUUUUUUAAAUAAUCAUUCUUUUUUCUUUCCAGUUUGUGACGUAAUAUUUAUGUUAGGUUUUUUUUUUCUUGAAAUAUAAGAAAAUUAUAGAGACAUAAUUGUCAUUAUGUCAAGG